AUCCUUGCUUUCGUUCGAUGUGUAGACGAGGCACGAGGCGGGUCCAUAUGUGUGUGGUCGAAAAAUCACCUCCCGCGCAAUCAAUUUGUCCAUUUUCCAAGUCAAGAAAUUAGCUAGUGAUUGCUUCCGAGAUUCUAACCGGCCGAGUUCACUGACAAAGUGCAGCCGAUGUUUGCAUCAGAGUACAGGGUCUCUCGUCUCUGCGGACCCUCGUCGGAGUAGCCGGCCAGUUGUUAGGUUCUCAAGGGCAAGGUUUCUGACCACCAACCACCCUGGCGCGGAAAAUCCACGAAUUAUUUCUUCCUCUCAUUCCAUCGCCAACGAUUGCUAUCUGCAGCGUCGGACCGUGACCGCCGUCGCGUCACCACCAUGCCGUCCGGUGUUCGUGGCCGGGAUGGGCCGCUGGCUCAGCGGCUACUCCGGACCCUGGCAGCGACCAGGAGCAAAUACUCGGGUGACGAUGAGGACAUGGCGUUUUUGAUGGGCAUGGUGAGUGGUAAUGACUUUCAGGCCCUGAUGGGGGUGCAGCAGGUGCUGGCCCAGCGCAAAGAGAGGAGUGAUGCGAGAGCUGAGGAGGAUAUGGCUGCACCCGAGGCGCUGACGGAUGAGGGCGGCGAGUUACUGGCGGAUGUGUGCGACAUGAUCUUUCACAGCGGAGUGCGCAAGAACUCGAGCGAGGCAAAGCUACUGAGCAUUCUGUCCUCCCCACACUUUCACGGCAUCAUGUCAGCCCAUGAUCGAGUGAGCAAGAAAGAGUACUGUAGUAUGACGGACUGGAGGUCUCUGGUGACCAGUACUGCGGCUGAGUCAAGCGCUGGGGCCACCAAGGACGAAGCGGACGGCAUGGGGGAUGGUACGACGAACGUGCGGCUUCAGAAAAUCGCCGACCAGCCGCUGGGUGCGACGGUUAAAAUCCGGCAGGCAGACAGGUGUGUGGUGAUUGGCCGGGUCUUGCACGGCUCGUUAGCACAUCAGAGCGGCAUGCUUCAUAGCGGUGACGAGGUCGUAUCCAUCAACGGCAACUACGUCAGCGGACUCAGUGUUGAUCAGGUCGUGGACCUGGUCAAGGCUGCACGUGAUCACAUCGACUUUCGGAUACGACUUCUGCAGCCGUACCUCACGUCACCGCAUGCCGGCGAGGAGUGUCGCAUCACGGUGCGAGCCCAGUUCGACUACGACCCGCGGAGCGACCACCUAAAUCCGUGCCGAGAGGCGGGCAUGGCGUUUGAUCGCGGGGAGCUGCUGACGGUGGUGAGUAAAGCGGACCCGAGAUGGUGGCAAGCGCACAGGCUAGACACCGGCGGUGAAAUACUGGCUGGCCUCAUCCCCGGACCACUGGAGCGACAGAGGCGUGAGGCCAUCAAGAAGCGGAAGAAAGACGAGCAGCAGCAGCUAUCGCUCACUGCACCACGGAAACGUGGCUGGGGCAACACUCGCAAGCGUAAUCGCGGCUAUGCAUGCACCGGCAGGGAAGAUCCUGACGAAGCGGUGGACUUUGCGUCGUACGAAGAAGUGGCACGGAUGCUGCCGAAACACCGCGAACCUCGCCCCCUUGUGCUAAUCGGUGCCGCGGGUGUUGGCUGCACCGAAGUACAGGCGCAGCUCAUACAGACCCAUCGACAUCUCUAUGCUCGGGCCCGUCCGACGUCGACAAUGGUGAUGAGGGGAUCUGCAUCCAGUCAGUAUCAGCAUGUUUCCGUUGCGGAGAUGCUGGCAAACAUUGCCGAGAACAGGUUCGUUGAGUACUCGCGCGUGGGUAACCAUUGGUAUGGCACCUCGCUGUCGUCCAUUCAGCGAGUGCAACGUGCCGGGCGUACAUGCGUGCUGCACGUGGCACCCAAGACGCUGCGCACCAUGCGCAUCGCCGACAUCAAGCCGUUCGUCAUCUUUCUGGCGCCGCCGCGCCUGGAGCGGCUGCGCGCCAAGCUGCGCCACCGCGACAGCCAGAGUCACAGCGUGGCGCGCAGUCACCGUCUCGAGGAGCAACUGGCCUCCAUGGUCGCCGCAUCGACCAAAAUGGAGCGAGUGCACGGCCACCUGUUCGACUUGCGACUGGUUCACGAGGACAUUGACACGACCAUCGCACACAUCGAUGAAGCCAUGGAGAAGGUGAGAACGGAAGAGAACUGGGUUCCUGUAGACUGGGUCAUGAAUGCCCAGGUCGAUAGCAUUGUUGAGCAAAGCUGAACCCAUGCGCCAUGGCUGCUGUGGAUUGACAUUGCGACUGUACUGUCAUCGUUCUCACUGUAUGGAGGCUAGAGAAGCUGCCACGCACAGCUCCUACAGGCUACGGAGUUCCAUGGACUAUGUACUAUGUGUCUCCUUUACGCUGACCUUCAUUACCGCACCAUGAUUGAACAAGGAUGAACAAUCAGCUUCGGGGACGCACCUCACUGUUGUGGCAGCACACCAGCACUACUCAUAGCAAUCUACAAUCAGCCUGCGCCGCUAGGAACCAGCUCAAAUGCCGCCGUAUGCAUGCAGGCUGGGUUUGGUCGGAGACUAUCACAAGAGAAUCUCCUGAAUGAGACCUGGGUGGCGGGAAUGCGAGUCGAUGUGUGGGACGAGGCAACUCCUGUUGAGCAUUGACACGAUGGAUGCUACAGUAUUGUACUUGAAGCAUUCGCAUACUGCAUGCAUGGUCUCUAUUAACUUUGGGAGUGCCGGGUGAAACCUGUUCAGGAUGAUUCAAUGCACAAGUCAGAUGCAAAUAUGCAUGGUUGAUUGGCAGCACUGGCACCAGAAUACUCCGCUAAUAGCAUCCUCUGGCCUAUCAUCAUUUUAACUUCAUUUCCUCAUGAUAGCCAGCUGUUUUAUGUCCAUGAAUUAUACAUGAGGUUGCAUAUCAGGUUACAUCCAAUCCUCAGACAAAAAUAGAUUGCCACCAGGCAUGAAACUGUUAGUUACGACAGCGUAGUACCCUCUGAUUCACUUGAUAUAAUUAUUACCUCUGCUCCCGUGAGCAAUCAGCAGUCUACUGGACCAGGGAACUCCCCUCUCUAUACAUUGAACAAAUGUAGUUUCUCCUGCUGGAGAAUUAUGAUGCUUUUGCAUUGUUGAUGGCAUACUUGAAGAAAAUGCAUACAUUUGAUGACAGCUUGGAAUAUCAGCGUGUUGUAAUUCACCCGGGUUCGAAAUGAACAGCCAAUUAGUGUCGUACACAGCUUCUCCCUCAUUUUAUUCUUAUUUUUAUACGCAUUCCCGCAUUGAAGUGUAGCAGCAGUAUGCUGCGUCCACAG